AUGUCAUCCAACAACCUCGUCACAGUCACCUCACCCGAACAUUUCAAAUCCCUCCUUUCAGCAGACUUGAACCGAGUGUCCUGUUUGAAUUUCUGGGCACCAUGGGCUGAGCCUUGUCAGGCAUUCAACAAGUCAAUAGAGGAAGAGGCAAAGAAGUUUUCUCAGGUCUUAUUCCUGAACAUUGAAGCUGAAGAAUUAUCUGAUAUCUCAGAAUCGUUUGAUAUCGAAGCUGUGCCCUCAUUCCUCCUCUUACGUGGUCAUACAUUAUUAGCUAGACAUUCAGGGUCUGACGUAUCGUUAUUACAAUCACUUCUUUCUCAACAUUCUUCCGGAUCGACUUCGACUUCAUCUUCAUCAUCAAAUACACAGCCAUUAGCAACCUCCAAUGCGGUCCCUCAAGCACCCACCGAACCACCUAGACAGCGAACUGAAGAAGAGAUCGUAGCUCGAUGUAAAGAACUGAUGAACAAGCAUAAAGUGGUAUUGUUCAUGAAAGGUAAUCCGACUUCACCCAAAUGUGGAUUUUCAAGACAGACCGUAGGACUCUUAAGGGAACAGGGAGUAGAAUUUGCUUGGUUUGAUAUCCUCUCGGAUGAAGAUGUAAGACAGGGAUUGAAGAAGGUUAAUGAUUGGCCUACCUUCCCUCAAAUCAUAGUCAAUGGCGAAUUAAUAGGUGGUCUAGAUAUUUUGAGAGAAAUGAUUGAGAAUGGUGAAUUCCAGGAGAUCUUGAAUGGUGAAGAGGAAGAUGGAGUAGAUGAGAAGUAA